AUGUCAAAGCCUUCCCAAAGAAAAAUCCUACUUCUCCUCCAGCUCAAAAGCUUAUCAAAAUCCUCUUCUUCUUCGUUCACUUCCUCUUUAUGUUCUAGAAGAAUUACAACUCAAGGCCCUUCUUCUUAUUCAAUUUUUUCUUCCUUAAACCCUUCAUUUACUUCAAAAUCAACUUCCCUGUAUAACACUGCUACAAAACUUAAUGUGGGUUCAAAUUACUCUUCAUUCUCGCUUCUUUCUAAACAGAGAGGAAGCAGUAGCCCUUGGUAUUAUGGGAUGAACACACACUUUUCUUCUUCCAAUUUGGGCGGCAAAACUGUGAAUGGAUUUGCUAGAAAGGUUGUUGAGAAGCCGGCGGCUGCUUUCUCCAGGUAUCGUGGAGCCAUAGGGCUGCAGAUGGAUGCCUUUUGGAAGAGGAAUGUUCUGUUCCUGGUGGGGGCAGGUGGAGUGGUUAUGUGUGGUUUGCUUUGGAGGAUCAUGUUCGGGAUUGCCAAUACUUUUGUUGGCCUCUCUGAAGGCAUGGCCAAGUAUGGUUUUCUUGCCCUUUCCUCUGCCAUUGUUGCCUUUGCUCUAUCAGGUUUUGGAGGUUCAAAAAACUCCAUAAAAAACUUUUACAAAAAUCUCACCAAGCACUUUAGUGAAGUUUUUUGA